UCUCUGGGUCUCUGGGUCUCUGUAGAUCAUGAAGGACAAGUUCACGGCGAGUUUGGAGGAAUCAGUGCGAGUGAAAUCCCUGUCGUGAUAAGUAUCACCCGGUUCUCGGUCCUGAACAAAAGUAGAUCCUUGGAGUGGACUAGCAAAUGGGAUUCUCUCGAGGGUCCCUUGGUCAACGCUGAUUUGACAGCUUGUGGGUCCAUGUCAACUUUGGUUAAGGCUACUUUGCAUUUAAUCACGUGAGUGAAGGGCGUUCCGAUUGAAUUGAUUCCAUCAAUUGGGCAAGAGGUCACCACCGUCCUGGAUCUUGCUGGGAUGCAGUCAAAAACAAAUGUAAUGUUCCGAUUCGUAAAAUCCGUCCCAUAAGGUUCAUCGCCCGAAGAUUACGACAAGGUUUCCCAUUCCUCGGGUUCGCUCCCUGUAACCUAACUGGUUCAUGGACCGCUGAUCUUUGACAUUUUCUGACUUUCAUCUUGUUCUUAAGGGAAGAGACAACAAGGGAACGAACGACAAGAACCCGUGCUCUCCUUGUGGUUUAACAAGUUAACUUCACAGAGAGUGUCAAUCUAAUUUGUUCCCAUUGAGAUCAUCGCUCCGAAGGACUUGCCACACUCACUACCACCAACUGCAUCAUCAGGCUGUGACGCUGAUCUCGAAAGGCAAGAGACAAAAGACAAAAGUCAAAGUACAGAGUACCGAACCUAUUGCGUACUUGUAGACGACAAAUACCGUUUAGGGGAACAAGUGGUCGCGCAAGAGAAGGAUCGAGGAGCCUUCUUUUCCCUCGCCGUGUAGACAUUGUGGUCUGUUUUAUGGAAGGUGAUCCAUCAUUGUGUUGUUUGUGAUUGUGUUCUUUUGACAUUCGAUUUGGUGUGUGUCCGUGGGCAUUACCGGGAUCAAGUAUUCCCUUGGGAGGCCGAGAGGUCUAGGAUUUGCACUUCAAAAUGGAGUCCUCUCCCUCUCCCCAAAUCCCGGUCUUGGCGACAUCCUCCACUGGGCAGACUUUGGUGGAAGAAUCCAAUGGAACCACGCCAAUGGAGCUCGAGAACGAUGAUUACCAAAAGUCCAUGGAGUUUGUCUUCGAGGUUGUCCUACUCUCUUGUGUGGGCACUCUCGGCAUCAUAGGAAAGUUCUCAUUCAAAACCCGAUCUCAUAUGCUGAAACGAGACAAGUGACCCCUUUUUGAUGCCAAUAGUUGGUGGAACCAAGUAACUUUUAAAACUUUGGAGGCAAACUUCUUGCGAGACUGUAAUUAAAUGGAACAUCUGGUGAUCCGAGGAAAGACGAAAAAAAAAUGAAUCAUAUUCCAAGUUUGGGUGCAAAAAAAACUUGCCGUAUUAUUUGAAAGGAAAGACUGCAGUGGUCACUUUGAGCAAGCUUCACCACUCCGAUUUCUCAAUCUCCCAAUAAAGGCCAUCUUGUGGCAGAAAAUGUGACUUUAAAUGCUGAAGUGCGCAGUAAAAGUUCAAAUUGGCGCUCUGCUAGAUUUCGUCUUCAGCCCUUCAAGUGACUAUUUUGUGCCAAGUUCUGUCAAGGAUCGAUGGUCUGAUGGUUUAACAUCCUGAGCCUCGAUCUUUCUGGGGUAUUUUUCUGAGGGCCGUCAGUUCAAACUUUUCGUUAUCACGUCUGUGCCAUGCUGGCUGGAACACCUUGGAACGCGCAGAUCCGUCUUCAUUUUUGGAAUAGGAGUAGAAAGAUUGAAUGUGACGAAGUAGGAAUUAAAAGAUCGAGUCAGAAAAGGGGCUCAACUGUAAUUGAAAAACUGAAAACCCGGUCUCACCUAGCAGUACUCCCUGCAUGUACUAGUUGGUAGGUACCUGGAGAUUUGGGUGGAAAUGAGAAAGUUCAAAACUCGACUUCAGCAUAUGAGAUUGUUCUCCCACUCGUUCCUCUUGAUUAGGCAAUGUGGCGGCCAUUUGUCUUUUCUCGCGACAGUCCAUUCAAUUAAAGUUCCAUCGUCUCAUGAUGAUGUUGGCCACGUACGAUCUGUUCUAUAUUCUUCUCUCUCUCAUAUUAUUCACCGUGCCCCAAAUAAGCGAGGCCUAUAACACUAGUGGAGCUCAUUUUUAUGUGCUCCCACGAGCCUUACCACUGGCUCAAAUGUCCUUGACUGGAUCCGUGUAUUCGACCUUGGCCAUCACCGUGGAACGAUACUUGAUUGUGUGUCACCCUUUCUACACGAUAUCCCACAAAUGGGCCGCGAAAAGGUACAUCAUCCCCAUCGUUCUGUUUUCGUUCCUCUACAACCUACCCAAGUUCUUCGAGCUCACCACGGGAUUGGAAACAACGAAUGCCACAGACGCAGUCAAUUUGGACUCCUUAUUGAAUGAAGUGGAACCAAUCACGAAGUACACCAUCGAACCCACAACGAUGCGAGUGAACGAGUAUUACAUCAAGAUCUAUUGCAUUUGGAUGAACUUUGCCUUCAUGGGCUUGCUCCCUUUCUGUCUGUUGAUCAUCCUCAAUGCUCUCACUCUCCGAAGUCUCAUUGUUCAAAAUAAAUCAACGCUCAGCAACGAGUUCUCCAUGUCCAAGAAGAACGAGAUCGCCUUGGCCAAGGUCAGCUUGACCAUUUGUCUGAUCUUCAUCUUGUGUCACAGCGUGAAAUGGAUCCCAAAUCUCUAUGAACUGGCCAGACUCGCCACGGAAGACAAGAGGGCGUGGCCGGCAUGGGUGGAAUCUGUCACUCACAUCAGCCACUUCUUGAUGACUGUCAAUAGCUCGGUAAAUUUCUACGUCUAUUGCGUGAAACACUAUAAACUGUUGUCCAAUUGUUGCGACGGCUCGAUUUCUGGAUCUGGUUCGCUCAACCUCAUUCACACAGACGUUGGCAGUGUCUCGGAUCAACAUCGACGGAGCAGUGCAAAUUCUCGUAUGCGACGAUCCUCCACGUGGUUAUUGAACAAGUCAAAAAUGUCCAGGCUUUCAAGUGUUAUCAGCCUCUGAGUGAAGGCUGAAUAUGUCCACAAAUUUAGGCCAUCCAGCCCAGGCAAAGGCUGAAUAUCGUCGGGCUCGUACACGGUCUUGGAUUAGACUUCUAAUGUCCUGUAUUCUACGUGGAGGCUAACAUCAAAGAAAAAAGGCCAUUCCUCAGUUUUACUCAGAUAAUCAAUAGGCCCACUGGGAUAAAAUAUUGAGUUAUGGCGAUAUUUCGAGCGGGAAAAAGUUGGAAGUUCUCUUGAUUAUUCGAUCAUUAUGUGACCUUAGAAUGAAUAUAAACCAAAUAUUCGGAUGUUAAA